CUGCUGAUAGGAUUCCUGUGGCAGAUAAAAGAAAAUAUGAGAUGUAUUUGGAAAGGUUUGAGACCAGUCGUACCCACUACCGACCAGAUGGAAAAGAAAAUUUACAGAAUGCAACUAUUUUUAUGAAGGAGAAGUUUGAAAGUGUAGGAUUAGACGUAGACUUGCAAAAUUUUACCACAAGUGACACAACAACAGGACAGACUGCUAGUGGCACAAAUGUGAUAGGCAUUCUUAAAGGUCAGUUCUUUGGUACUGCAAAUGAUGAUGCCAUCAUCCUUGGAGCUCAUCUUGAUACACAAGGUCUUCAGCAGUAUGGUGUUAACAAUGACGGCUCUGGUCUCACAGCUCUUCUUACUCUGGCUGAAGAUCUCACAGGAAAGGACAAGUGUGUUCAGAAUCACAGCAUUAUAUUUGUUGCCUUUGAUCGUUCUGAAACAUUUAAUGUGCAACAGGGCAAUGCAGUAUGCAACAAAAGCUGUGGAAGUAAGGCAUUCGUUGAUGGUAUCUCUAAGGUUCUUCAGGGUGGCACAGUCAAGAUUGCAAUCAUUAUGGAUUGUAUAUCAAACUUCAACCUUCAGAAGGACUCCCAAAGAGAAUACAGGCAACCAGUAAAGGAUUAUUUUAAUACAUUUGUUGAAACGCAAGGGUUGAUUUAUGAAAACAAAGGAAAUUAUCUGGCAGUGAUUGGAAGAGAGGAUGAACAAGAUGCCAUGAGCAAUUAUGUUAAAAUGUUUGAGGAGGUUAAGACAUAUUCACAGUACGUACCUGUUGAGUUCAUGUGGAACUUCAAGGGAAAACCCACUGGCCUAAAUUUGACAAAUGUAGAGACAGCAUUUGCAAAGUCAGACACUUUGAGUUUUUGGGAUGCCAACAUCAAGUCUAUACUUUUGACUGACACCUGUUAUCAACGAGACCCUUUGUAUACCUGUAAGACUUCUGUUUGGUGUGACAACUCAGCAAAAGCUUCCCUCUGGGACUGGAACUGCAGCUGCCGUAUUUUUACACGUUGUGAUGCCAAUUGUUGUAGGUCUUCUAGAAUUUACCAUGUAAAGUGUGUCAGGGCACAUAUUUUUUAGACAGGAGAUCAUUAUUUAUUGUCUGAAUAUAUUUUUGCACACAGAUUUUUAGUUAUUACGUAAACUUACUUCCAAAAUUUUAUCUCACUAUACCUCUAUAAGUUACAGGCGAGUACAAAUUCAUUUUUUGGUGGUUUAUUUUACUUUUUAUUGUAAUUUAUUCAUUUCUUUUAGCUUUUAUUUUAAGCCGUUUUAUCUCUCUCAUUCCGUGGAAAAAGCGAGAGUUUUAAUUUAGAAUAUGAAUUGAAACCUGUUGUGAGUGUGGUAUCUAAGGCAUUGAAUUAAAGAAUUUUGGUUUUUCAACA